GGACUUGGACAAGGCAUGUGAGACGGGUUUGUCGUGUGUUGAGAAAUCAGACAAGGGGUCGGACAGGGUCGGGGGGGGGGAUGGUAGAAACGACAAGUAGAUGGGGGUUACUAAAAGGCUUGAUGACGGAAGCGGUGCGGAAGGCAAUUUGAGCAGUGAGGUGGAGGGCACGAAGGACCGGGUGGAAAGUUGUGGCGACAACGACGAUUUCACAUACACAGGCUCCGGAGAGUCGGCCGACGAGUUCGUCCGGUUGUACGGUGGGCGCAACGACGAGGAUGCAGAGUGCGGGACGCCUGCAAUGGCCAUCGAGACGGAGCUCGCUAUCCAACUUUCCAAGGAGGGCGAAGAUUACAAUGUUUCCCCUUUGCAGGGUGUUGUCGAAACCGCAGUCGAGAGCCAUGAUAUUAAACUGCCGCUGAGUCCUGUGAAACCUGCAGGUCGACUGCUCGUUGACGAGGUCGUGCAUGGCAUCCUCAGUCCGCAGAAUAGGUCCCCUCCUCCGCCUGCAUUGGAGAGCGGCGAGGGCGAUGCAGGUUCCAGUCAAUCGACGAUUGGUUCCAUGGAGCUGUCGGGUCCAGGGCCUCUAGCAAAACAGCUCGUAGUCCAAGGUUUCCCACCGCCCCUCAUGUGCAUUGCUCGGUGUUGUGCAAUGAGAAUCGAAGGGCCUCUGACACGGUGGGGAGAAUUCGUCACCGUGGCUGCGCGUCCAAGCUCGCAGGUUCUGCACGACCUUCUGCACGGGACCGUGCCGCUUGAGGCUGUCUUGGCUACACUUGCAGACGGACAACUGAGAGUUGCAGCGAGCGAUCUCCGCGCCCUUUGGGAUAUUGAUGGCAAGCUUAAUGACAAGGUCGUCAACUUCUACAUGGCUCUCCUGGGGUCCACAGCGUGUCGGCGCCCUCAGCUGUCCACCGGGCUUCGUGUCUUCAGUUUCAACACAUUUUUCUUCAACAAGUUGAAACGGCAAGGGAACAUCGGGGUGAGAAGGUGGGCACCGGACAUCGAUCUCCUACAACACGAUAUUGUCUUCGUGCCAGUGUACAAAGACAAUGACCACUGGGUCCUUCUGUCUGUGAGCUUGAGGGACGGUGUCCUGGAGAUUUUCGACUCAUUUGCACGUGUGAACGCCGGAAAGGAUUUCUACCACGGCGUUUUUGAUUUAAUUGUGAAGUACUUGGAAGUCCGGGCGCCACUGGGUAGAUCCAAAGGGAGUUGGAGGUCGAUGKCCGCGAAUGUUGUCGUGGAAGGAGUUCCUAGAYAAGCAGACGGYGCGAGUUGCGGGGUGUUCAUGUUGAUGUUUGCCACGCUGCUCCAACGUGGUGAUAGGCCGCCUUUUCCGUUCACUCCUCGUGAAAUCCCGCGUAUUAGAUGACAACUGGCACGCUGUGUUCUGGAAGGUUGUUGUCUUAGCUGUUUUGUGAGAUGUCGGUCUGACUCCAGUAUAUUUCUGGGACGCGUGGUUUGAAGGCCUGAAACGUUCUUGUCAUGAGGACUUGGGUAUUAUGAUUUCUUAGUCCCAUGAUUCUGAGUUCAAAUCUGGUGUUGAAGAUUUACUAUGAUUUUUUAGUCCCCUGAUUCUGAGUUCAAAUCUGGUGUUGAAGAUUUACUUUGUAGGGCUGGACAGUUUCAGUCCCAAGACCUAUUGAACAAACGUAGUUUAGUACC